GUCUUUUUCUUCUUAUAUAUAAUCAGAGAGAAAAAGCCCACGCGGCUCAGAAAUUUCGUCCACGAGAGGAAUAAAUUCACACGCGAACUUCGAUAGUUGUUAAUUUUCGUUGAACACAAGUGACGAAUUUGAGAGAGAAAAAAAAAGAAAAUCAGAGAUAAAGAAUUUGAGUUUCUUGGAAUUAAAGGAUCGAUUUUGUUGAAGUGAAAUUGAAAUUGAUUGUGAAAAGAGAAAGAGACUGAUGGUAGCAGAAGCAGAGGUUGUGUUUCAACAGAGUUUACCGGCGGUUCUGGAGAUUGAGUUGUUUGACGGAGUUUCCUCCGCCGUUAAAUCUCCCGUUUCUUCUCCGAAAUUGGGUUUUACUCAGUCAACGGCGUCGGUUUCCGGAAGUUUAACGACUUCUCCUGUGGUAAGUCUUGUUUAAAGUUUACAUUUUUAUUUUCUGGGUGAGAAUUUAAGAAGCUGGGUUCUGAAACGUAAUUAGAAAUUCGACUGAAUUAUUGGUUUUAGUCUAUUAGGAAUCAUCAAAUAAGAUGACUUUAUUGUAAAUAUUUUGCAAACAUAUCCUUGGAUCUCUUAGGCUUAGAGGACCUCUAGUUCAUGUGUGUUUGCGUGUCGUAGCAAAUAUAGAUGCUUGUUGUCUAUAACUUUGCCUUAAUGAAGCAACUUUAAAGCUGUUGGAGAAGCCCUUUGUAGUUAUUGUGUGUUGUUAACUGUCUUGUCUUCACUGCUUGUGUUUUAUUUGUUGCUAUACUCAAUUGAGCAUCCGUGUAUACCUUUUAUUUAGCAGGCUGAUAUCUUUCCAGAGGGUGAUUGCGAUCCUAGUGUCUUGGAUUAUAUUCCGACCAUCCGGUCUGGAAGCUUUGCUGAUAUUGGGCCAAAGAGAAACAUGGAAGAUGAACACAUUCGCAUAGACGAUUUAUCUUCUCAAGUUGGUUCCCUUUUUGAGUUGCCGAAGCCUAGUGCUUUCUAUGCGGUUUUUGACGGGCAUGGAGGACCAGAAGCAGCAGCAUACGUACGGGAAAAUGCCAUUAGGUUUUUCUUUGAAGAUGAGCAGUUUCCACAGACAUCGGAAGUGAGUAGUGUUUAUGUGGAAGAAGUUGAGACUUCAUUGAGAAAUGCGUUUCUUCAAGCUGAUCUAGCUUUGGCAGAGGAUUGCAGUAUCAGCGAUUCUUGUGGUACCACCGCUCUGACUGCUCUUAUUUGUGGAAGACUCUUAAUGGUUGCAAAUGCCGGAGACUGCAGAGCGGUUCUAUGCAGGAAAGGCAGAGCGAUAGACAUGUCUGAAGACCAUAAACCGAUUAAUCUACUUGAGAGAAGAAGAGUGGAGGAAUCCGGCGGUUUCAUCACUAAUGACGGUUACCUAAAUGAAGUCCUAGCUGUAACCCGAGCUCUGGGCGACUGGGAUUUAAAACUGCCACACGGCUCUCAAUCUCCACUGAUCUCGGAACCAGAAAUCAAGCAGAUAACUCUAACUGAAGACGAUGAGUUUCUUGUGAUUGGGUGCGAUGGGAUUUGGGAUGUCUUGACGAGCCAAGAAGCGGUUAGCAUUGUUAGGCGUGGCUUAAACCGGCACAACGAUCCAACAAGAUGUGCGCGAGAGCUAGUGAUGGAGGCUCUGGGGCGGAACUCAUUUGAUAAUUUAACUGCGGUGGUGGUAUGUUUCAUGACAAUGGACAGAGGGGACAAGCCGGUGGUGCCAUUGGAGAAGAGAAGGUGUUUUAGUCUUUCGCCUGAAGCUUUCUGUAGCUUGAGGAAUCUGUUGGAUGGCUGAAACUAGUGUGUUUUCUGGUGAAAACCGAUGAUUAUAUAAUUGAUGAUGACGAAUAAUCUCUCCCACGGCUGCUUUUGUAUUUAGAGAUUUUACGCAGCUGAGAGAACUCUUUUGAGAUAUACUUGUGUAUUAAGUGUGUUUGUUGUGUGCACAGUAUGCGAUUACAGUUUUGUGUACAUACAUACUGUUAGUUGUCUAUGAAUAACGAAAAAGAAAAGAUUAAGUGAUCGCCACUUUGUCAAGAUAAAA